GUGUCGACGACCCACGCUCUGCAACUUGUCCACACAACGGAAUGCGCUUACAUAGCUGUUGCACAGUGUGGGAAAACAGUAUCUUUCGAUACAGAUAGGCUUCCUACACGGCUAUCUUCGUGCACUUAGGUAACUAACAAUCGAGACAUGAAUACCUGUAACAAAACAUGGAUCAUAUCAAGCACAUAUAUCUGUUGUUUACACUGUAUGCCUUAGUCGUUGGAUCUAAUGCAAGCUCGAAGCCGCAUUAUGGAUCGCGUGCGACAGCUGAAGCCAAAGCAGCGCUCCUCCAGUCCUGCUACAAUAAACAUUACAAUGGAACUCCCAGCACUUUCGAGGACUUCUUACGAGGGUUCAACACCAGCCUCUAUCUCCACCAAGUUUUCUGGAGCAAAAAGCAGUCGCAGCUUCCCCUCACCAUCUUUGUCGGGGCAACGCUAGAGCGGUUGGGCAUGCUUGAGGCGCAAUGUCGCAGCUACCCGGGCCCAUUGUCCGCAGCCAUCUACGUGCCGCUGCUGCAGCAGACGCCCGGUCCUCAGCUGACCCCUGCCAACCAGGAACUCCUACAGCAAGCCACCGCCAGCGUCAAACAGCUCUUUGACAGCCUGGAGUCCAACCCGCAGCCCCCCAGCUGCUCCCUCACCGCGCUGCUGCUGUUCGAGCUCUCCUCCGACCCCGCGCUGCUGACACUGCUGCCCAUCAACUCGCUGCGCAACGCGGCGCUGCUGGCGGCGGGAGGCAGCGGCGGUGAUGAUGAUGUCGAUGAUGAUGGCGCCUCUGAGGCGGCUGCCAGUACGGCAGCAGGCGGAGCCAGG